AUGUUUGCACGGGCUUAUCUGAAUGGAGAUGGCAGUGCAUGUGGUAAAUACAUGUCAGUGUCGCUCACGGUGAUGCCCGGUGAAUACGACUGUCUAUUGAAGUGGCCCAUGAAUAUGAAAGCGACAUUUUGUCUCAUUGAUCAAAGCACUAGCAAGGAGCAUGUAAUAAAAAGGAUCACAGCUAGUUUGCAACCACUCAGCGAACUUACUGUCGAGAUUAAAAAUUUUACAGCGUUGAAUACAGUUCACCAAGAUCCAAGUCCAUAUGUGCUAGACGACACGAUGUUUUUCAUAGUCGAAGUUCGCACAAUUGAGCCAGAAAUUCCUUCGCAUAUUCAAGAUGCGAUAAACAUGAUCAGACUCGGUGAUUUUGAAGAAAAUAGACUAGAAUUCGUUUCAUUAGAAACAACCGAAACGAAUAGUUUUGAAACUGAACCGCCAUUCGGCAUAUUGCCAUAG